ACACAGAAUUUACUGGGAACCAGUAUUUAGGGUUAGUUUAAUUUGUUCUCCAUGGUUUUUAUUCUCCAUUAAAAACAAAGCUCUGCGCUUCUGCAGAAUAAAGGCACUUCAUACAUAUAAGCAAGUUCAAAUCAGCUUUCCCCUCCUUCCCUUUUUUUGUGUGUACUGCUGUAAACAGAAGGAUAUACAGUUGAGGCAUGGAUAGCACACCCUAGCAAGCCAAAGUGCCCACUUCAGAGCUUCAAACUGUCUUACAGGCUUAAUAAAUACAAAGCACUGAAACAUCAGUGGGAUGGUUUUAAAGUAAAGCAUCUUAAUAAUAGAUGCAAAAUUACCAAAAUAUUUUCCUGUACAGCCUUCACGUAGGUUUUGCUUCAACCACCUCUUGAUUCAUGAGCAUCUCUGAAGGGCUGCAGGUUUCAGAAGCUUGUCCACGGCACACGCCACUGGACUGGGGAGUGGCACCACUUUCUCGGGGAUUUUGGAACAGCAGACAGGGCUGCAAAGCUCGGCAAUGAAUCACUUUUGGGUUGCCCUGUGUUUGUGGAGCAGUCAGUUUAGGGAACACAAGCGAUAUAAAAAAAGCUUGGACGUCAUCUCCUUUAUACGAAGUACAUCAACUGUAAGGGGCUUUUCUGAACCAGCGCGAUCUUUCAGCUGCUUUCCUAAUAACAGCAGCAAACCAGGCCUCAGAAGCUUUUCCGUGCGUUUUUCUUCCAGUCCGGAUGUUGAUCUUAUACCUAUUGAUGGUGACACUGAAGAUGACCUGGAAGUUGGAUCAGGAGCCACCAAUCAGACUGGAUCAUUCCUUCAUGAACAACGAAUGAUGUCAGUUCAAACAGCAAGAUACCUCACCAGCCCAUGGCUGACCCGUUUUGUUCCUUCAGUUUACACCCUAGUGCUCGUGCUGAGUCUCCCUCUGAACAUCACAGCGAUACUCGUGUUUCUGAAAAAGAUGAAAAUUGAGAAGCCAGCUGUAGUAUACAUGCUGAACUUGGCCCUUGCAGACGUUCUCUUUGUAAGCGUGCUUCCAUUUAAGAUCGUUUAUCACUUUUCUGGAAACGACUGGGUUUUUGGGCCUCAGAUGUGCCGUUUCAUCACUGCUGCCUUCUUCUGCAACAUGUACUGCUCAAUAAUGCUCAUGACGAGCAUCAGCUUCGACCGGUUCUUGGCAGUGGUGUACCCCAUUAAGUCCCUGGGGUGGCGUACACUGCCUCGUGCCUCACUGGUUUGUUUCAUCAUAUGGCUUGUAGCCAUAACCGGGGUUGUGCCUUUCCUCCUACGAGAGCAAACCAUGGAAAUACCCAGGUUAAAUAUAACUACUUGCCACGACGUGCUGAGGGAAUCCGAGCUUCACGGCUAUUACGUCCACUUCUUCUCUGUCUUCUCUUCUGUGUUUUUCAUAGUGCCAUUUAUAAUUUCUACUGUCUGUUAUGUGUGCAUCAUUCGCUGUCUUAGUUCUUCCACCAUUGUUGCAAAGCAAAACAAGAAGACACGUGCCUUGCUCUUGUGUGUGGCUGUUUUUUCUGUUUUCGUUAUUUGCUUUGGACCAACAAAUGUUCUCCUCUUAAUUCAUUAUAUCCAUUUUUCAUAUGACAACAGCUUGGAGUAUCUCUACUUUGCCUAUCUACUCUGUGUUUCUAUCAGCAGCGUUAGCUGCUGCAUUGACCCCUUUAUUUACUACUAUGCUUCUUCUCAGUAUCAGAGACAAUUUUUCAGCCUCUUCAAUUGUAAAAAGACUUUUGAUCCUAACAGUAGUAACAGCAGUGGCCAGUUGAUGUCUACCACUAGCAGCAGAAGGGCUACAUUGACUACUAAUGUGAAUAACAGUGUCUACAGGAAAUUACUAGCAAUGCAUUAACGUGUCUUUUAAUUGUUUAAUUUUUACACAUUUGCAGACAGAAAGAAGACUGUUAUAUCCAAGAAAUGCAAAACCUUAAACCAAGUUGUUGUAUGACACAUAGCUUUAUGGAUCCACUAUAGUAAUACAUAACUCAAAAUUCUGUAUGUGUGUGUGCAUAGAGAGAUAUAUAUAAAUAUAAAUAUAUGUAUAGUAUAUGUAAACAGGUUAAUGUAGAGGGGAUAAAUAAUUUCUUAAUAAUAGUUGUUGAGUGUUUUUCAAAUAAACUUUUUUCAUACAAAUCA